CCCCGCCCCCUCUCCAUGCAGGCGACGCCGAGUGAGGCUGAGGCUUCGGGCCAAUCGCCGCGGAGCUGCGUGUCGGCCGCGCACUCUGAUUGGACAUCUGGGAAGCCUGUCAGCUUAUUGGCCCCGUUGAUCCCGCCCCGUAGCUCAGGGCAGCCUUUACCCUUUGGCCCCAGCGGGCGCCAGCCACUCAGAUCGCUUCUUGUUGGUAUGUGUAGCGGCAGUGGCCGCCGGCGGAGCAGUCUGAGCCCGACGAUGAGGCCGGGAACGGGAGCUGAGCGUGGAGGCCUCAUGGUGAGUGAAAUGGAAAGCCAUCCUCCUUCGCGGGGUGCCGGGGACGGGGAGCGGAGAUUGUCCGGCUCGAGCUUGUGCUCCAACUCUUGGGUCUCUGCUGACGGCUUCCUGAGGAGACGGCCCUCGAUGGGGCACCCUGGCAUGCAUUAUUCACCAAUGGGAAUGCACCCUAUGGGUCAGAGAGCAAAUAUGCCUCCUGUACCUCAUGGAAUGAUGCCACAAAUGAUGCCUCCUAUGGGAGGACCACCAAUGGGACAAAUGCCUGGAAUGAUGUCUUCAGUAAUGCCAGGAAUGAUGAUGUCUCAUAUGUCUCAGGCAUCCAUGCAACCUGCCUUACCGCCAGGAGUAAAUAGUAUGGAUGUAGCAGCAGGUGCAGCAUCUGGUGCAAAAUCAUUGUGGACAGAACAUAAAUCACCGGAUGGAAGGACGUACUAUUAUAAUACUGAAACAAAGCAGUCUACAUGGGAGAAACCAGAUGAUCUUAAGACACCAGCUGAGCAACUGUUAUCUAAAUGUCCAUGGAAGGAGUACAAAUCUGAUUCUGGAAAGCCUUAUUACUAUAAUUCUCAAACAAAAGAGUCUCGCUGGGCCAAACCGAAAGAACUUGAGGACCUUGAAGGAUACCAGAAUACCAUUGUUGCUGGAGGUCUUAUUACAAAAUCAAACCUGCAUGCCAUGAUCAAAGCUGAAGAAAGCAGCAAGCAAGAAGAAUGUACCACAACCUCAACAGCCCCAGUUCCUACAACAGAAAUCCCUACCACUAUGAGCACCAUGGCGGCUGCUGAAGCAGCAGCUGCUGUUGUUGCCGCUGCAGCAGCAGCAGCCGCAGCCGCAGCUGCAGCUAAUGCCAGUGCCUCCACUCCUACUACUAAUACUGUCGGAACUGUUCCAGCUGUUCCUGAGCCUGAAGUUACUUCCAUUGUUGCCACUGUUGUAGAUAAUGAAAGUACAGUGACUAUAUCAACUGAGGAACAAGCACAACUUACUAACACCACUGCUGCUCAAGAUGUGAGUGUUGACAUUUCCAGUAAUACUGAAGAGGCAUCCAAACAGGACACUGCAGCUGAUUUUACUCCUAAAAAAGAAGAGGAGGAGAGCCAACCAGCAAAGAAAACGUACACCUGGAAUACUAAGGAGGAGGCAAAGCAAGCUUUUAAAGAGUUACUGAAAGAAAAGCGUGUACCCUCCAAUGCUUCGUGGGAGCAAGCUAUGAAAAUGAUCAUUAAUGAUCCACGGUACAGUGCUUUAGCAAAAUUGAGUGAGAAAAAGCAGGCUUUUAAUGCUUAUAAGGUCCAGACAGAGAAAGAAGAAAAAGAAGAAGCAAGAUCAAAAUAUAAAGAGGCUAAGGAAUCCUUUCAGCGUUUUCUUGAAAAUCAUGAGAAAAUGACUUCCACAACCAGAUACAAAAAAGCUGAGCAAAUGUUUGGCGAGUUGGAAGUCUGGAAUGCAAUAUCAGAGCGUGACCGCCUCGAAAUCUAUGAAGAUGUUUUAUUCUUCUUGUCAAAAAAAGAAAAGGAGCAAGCAAAGCAAUUACGUAAGAGAAAUUGGGAAGCCUUAAAGAACAUACUGGACAACAUGGCUAAUGUAACAUAUUCUACUACUUGGUCUGAAGCCCAGCAGUAUCUGAUGGAUAAUCCAACUUUUGCAGAGGAUGAAGAAUUACAGAACAUGGAUAAAGAAGACGCAUUGAUUUGCUUUGAGGAACACAUCCGGGCUUUAGAAAAGGAAGAGGAAGAAGAAAAACAGAAGAGUUUAUUGAGAGAAAGGAGACGACAACGUAAAAAUAGGGAAUCUUUUCAGAUAUUUUUAGAUGAAUUGCACGAACAUGGACAGCUACAUUCUAUGUCCUCUUGGAUGGAAUUGUAUCCAACUAUUAGUUCUGACAUUAGAUUCACUAACAUGCUGGGUCAGCCUGUUUUUUCGUUAGGAUCAACUGCACUUGAUCUUUUCAAGUUUUAUGUUGAGGAUCUUAAAGCACGCUAUCAUGAUGAAAAAAAGAUAAUAAAGGACAUUCUAAAGGAUAAAGGAUUUGUAGUUGAAGUAAAUACAACUUUUGAAGAUUUUGUGGCAAUAAUCAGUUCAACUAAAAGAUCAACUACUUUGGAUGCUGGGAACAUCAAGUUAGCUUUCAAUAGUCUACUAGAAAAGGCAGAAGCCCGUGAACGGGAAAGAGAAAAAGAGGAAGCUCGGAAGAUGAAACGAAAAGAGUCUGCAUUUAAGAGUAUGUUGAAGCAAGCUGCUCCUCCAAUAGAGCUGGAUGCUGUCUGGGAAGAUAUCCGGGAGAGAUUUGUAAAAGAGCCAGCAUUUGAAGACAUAACUCUAGAGUCUGAAAGAAAAAGAAUAUUUAAAGAUUUCAUGCAUGUGCUUGAGCAUGAAUGUCAACAUCAUCAUUCAAAAAACAAGAAACAUUCUAAAAAGUCUAAAAAACAUCACAGGAAACGUUCUCGCUCUCGAUCGGGGUCAGAUUCAGAUGAUGAUGACAGCCAUUCAAAGAAAAAAAGACAGCGUUCCGAGUCCCAUUCUGGUUCAGAACACUCUUCUAGCGCAGAGUCUGAGAGAAGUUAUAAGAAAUCAAAAAAACAUAAGAAAAAAAGCAAGAAGAGGAGACAUAAAUCUGACUCUCCAGAAUCAGAUACUGAGCGAGAGAAAGAUAAAAAAGAAAAAGACCGGGAAAGUGAAAAAGACAGAACUAGGCAAAGAUCAGAAUCAAAACACAAAUCACCUAAGAAAAAGACUGGAAAGGAUUCUGGUAAUUGGGAUACUUCUGGCAGUGAACUGAGUGAAGGGGAAUUAGAAAAGCGCCGAAGAACCCUUUUGGAGCAACUGGAUGAUGAUCAAUAAAUUAUACCAAAUAUAUGUUUAUAAUAUGAUUUAAAGUCUAAUUCAGACCAGGGACUAUUUUAAGUUCAAUUUACAUAACACUGGGUUUUAAUUGUAUCACAGGAAAAGUGCAUUUAAGUAUUGUUAUUGUGGACUUUAUAAAAGCAAAGGAAAAUGAAAAUAACAUUUGAUUCUGUAUCAAGAAUCAUAUUUUCCUACGGUCAUAACUGUCUUUCUGUGACCCUUUCAUAGGGCACUGCAGGAUGGAUGGAUUAAAGGUGGCAAUUCACUGAUAACCGCAGAUGUCUCCACUUUGUUCUAAAGUCUAAGUCAUGAGCUGAUUUGAUUUACUUUAUAGAUUUCAAAAAUACAAUGAGAAUUUUUUUUUUGAUAAUGUAGUACAAAAAAAGCACCAGCAACCAAUAAAACUGCUUUUUUGUGCACUACCCAACUGCUUAAAGCCAGUAAGAUCUUUGAUGAUGAGCUCUUAAAAUGACAGGUGUUUUUGAUGGAAAUCCAGUCAACCCUUAAAUAUAGUGGUGCUAAUAAGCACUGCUGUAAUAGCCACCAUUGUUUUUUAUAGAACAUCUGAACACAUUUUUUAAAAGGCUAUUUGAGGGCAUUAUUUUAAGCAUCUAUUUUGAGGUGAUGUUUCAAAAAGUUAACAUCAAAUCAAAUUGUAAAUGAGUUUAAAUAUAUUGCCUUAAGGACCUGUUAAAGAAUGUGCCACCGAACUGAGUGAUAGUUGAAAUAUCCUUGUCUAAAAAAAAAAAAGAUAUCAAUGUUGACUUAAACAUUUUCUUUAUACAGCUGUCUUGAUUUAAAAAAAAAAAAGUCUUUCUCUUGCGCUUUUUUUUUCCCCCGCUGAUGAGGUCUUUUACCUUCCCUACUCACUGAGAAGUAUUGACUUCAUGGUACAUUCUAAAGCAUUUCUGAUUUGAAUAUUUUUGUACAUUUUUAUCAAUUAUUAAACCUUCUCUUCUAGUGUGUACUAGUAUUUAUUUCUAAUGAAAGUGUUUAGCUCUAAAGAAACUGUAUGAACAUUUGAAAGAAAAUACCUGAAAUUUUGCUAAUAACCCACAAUAGCUAGUUUACUUUCCCUUUUUUAAGAUUAUAAAUCAGUAUAUUUGAUUUCCCUUCAUUUUUCACUUGUUUCUUAUGGAAUAUUUUGGUGAGACAAUAGCUUAAAGAUAGACUAUUCUUUACAUGCUAACUUUUGAAGGUUGGUAAUAUCACCAUUUUCCUUCAGUGCAGGAAGCUUUUCUUUAAGUGUUAGCACUCUUGGAUAUCAUCUUAGGGAACUAUCCUUAUUCUUUUCAUUUGGACAUGCUGAGUUUCCCUAGUUCAAGUUGAGAUUUAGAACAUAACAUUGUUUCCUUGGCCUUUUUAGUGAAUCUGAACAUGAGACAAACCAGUGCAGCUCUUUCCCAACUUGCCCAGUGUUGUGAUUAAAUCUUGCGGCCAUUGUGUAAAGGCUUAGAGCAGUGUGAUUUUUUUUCUAAAUUUGCCACCAUGUCAUUUCUGUUAGGAACUAUGGCAUGACUUUGCAGGGGAAAAAAAAUCAUCUUGGAGAAAAUGUAAUCAAAAAUUGUUUGCUUGAGAUUAGUCCCCAACUAUGUUAGUCAAAACACAUUACAACUUGGGCAACAGAAUUACCUUGAAUUAAUUUUUAUGGUCCUGUUGCAACGAGAGUUAAGAUUGCUACUCAUGUAAAGCACUUGCUGUGGAAGUCUAAAUCGUGCAUUGGGAUACACUGCUGUUUCACAAGAGACAUUAGAAUCUGUAAAACAUGUUUUAUUUACUUCAUGGUGGUGAUUUUUAAAAGUACAACUUUAGUCUUUUCAAAUCUUCUAAUCCCUAUAAGAUGAUAUAAAUUAUUAAUUACACCUGUAGUUUAACCAUGCAAAUUAUUUGACACAAAGAUAUAGAAGCAAGGUGAAGGUGACUGGAAAUGUAGCCACCUUUGCCGUAAAAGAUGUGAAUCAAGUGUGUGAUCCCUCAUCUACUUUUGAUGGUUCCAUCAAAUGUACUGGAGUUAUCAGAAAGAUACUUUCUCUGAAGGUAUAAGUAAUGGCAAGAUACUGAAUUGUCUGUGGGCCUUUUUUUUUACUUGUUUUUAAAUCAUCAGUUUGAAACAUGCUGAAAGAAACUUCUUAAAAUUAUUGGUUCAAUAAGAAUUGGUCAAAUAUGUUCAAUCAGAAAAAAGAAAAGGGCAUUUAAGACUUGAAAGAAAAUGUUUGAAGCUUAUUUUCCCUCAGUAUCCCUAAUAUUUGACAUUCACCAAUAUCAGGACCUCAGAUAUUUAACAUUCUUCCAUUCUAUUCAUUCCAUGAUUUCCACAUUAGGAAAAUUUGAAUUUGUGAGAGAAAUUAGAUAAUGCAGCCGAUUAAGCAUAAGGAUUAUUUGCAAUUUUCCUAAGUGAAUUUAAAUCAGUGGUUCCAUCACUUUUUCAAUAUGUAAAAAUAUUUUCUGUGCCUCUCAGUAAAUUUGAUAGACUAGUCAGUUUUUUUUAUCUUUUGGCUUUUGCUUAGUUGGGCUUGAUGCUGGAUAGCUACAAAAUGAAAAAGGAUAAUCCUAGAGUUGAUUCAGAAUUGUAAGUCGAUGAAAUUAAUACCUGGAAAGACUGUAUACGUUUUUAUAUAACCAUUGUAGCUUCGACUUACAGUACAUAGUCUUCAGUUAUUAACCACUUGAAGUAUUUCCUAAAUUCUGGUUUUAUUGUAGUUCUGACAGUCUGGCUAAGCAAUUUUUCUUUAUUUUAUGCCCAGAAAAGAGCAGCCACAUUGCAUUUUUUUAAAAUUAAGUUUACAUGCUAUUUAAGAGCUAUUUAUAAUCAAAUAGGUAAGUGAAUGGAGAAUGCCUUUAUAGUAUUGUAUAUUAUGUAAUUUAAAUGUAAACUUUAAAAAUUUUCAAGAUUUAUUGACAAUAUACUAUAAUCAUAAUCCCCUUCCAGUUACUGCCCCAUCCAAAUCGCCCCUCCACAGAAUCCCUUCUUUCCAAUUAGUCUCUCUUCCAUUUUAUGCCAUUAUUUUUUCCCCUCCUGUUAUGCUGGUCUUGUGUGGGUAGCGUGAGCCACUGUGAGGUCAUGAAUAUCAAGGCAACUUUGUGUUUGGAUGACUUAAAGAUAUUUUAAACUGAUCAUUUCUUAAUGCACACAAUGCCAAGUAUACAGUUCCCUUUAAUGUAUUUUCCUCCCUUUGGGUAUGUAUCUCCGUACCAAAUGGAUUUUAACCAGCCUUGAUUCAAUGGUAGUCAUAAAUUAGUUGGCAGGGAUUUUUCUAUUUCAUUCAUUGUUAUCCCGUGACCUAGGUGCCUGGCAUAUAGUGGGCACUUAAUGAAUGCAAAACAUUAGUUAACAUCCAUCACCAUAGUGCCCGUCUUCCUCAUUAAAGGACUUGAGAAGGCACCAUUGCCAUAAACCAUAUGAACCCAGAACUGAAGACACAGUCAUUAAGUACAUUGAGUACACCUUAAAUAUCCAAAACUGUCUUAAUGAGAACAUGCAACUUAAAUUUUAAGGUAAAAACACGUCAGGCUGUUUAUAAAUAGGAAUGGGUCAUAUUAACAUGAUAGGCACUCCACUUAUUGAAGCUGGCUUAAAUGUGAGAUGGGAAAUGGAAGGUGAUUUUUGUUAGACACUUUUAGCCCUUCAUUGUAGUUUUUACUUGUGCUGAAGUUUGCCAUAUAGAAUCAGAACUCACUUGUUCUCCUCAGUGGGAUCUAGUGCAAGGCAUGACACUUAGUGACUGAUAGCUGAUCUUUAAUUUGGUGGCAAUUACCCUAGAUGAUUACCAUCCCAAACCUUUCAGUCUUGACUGAUCAGAUUCAAGCAAAGCCAUUGCUUCAUGCUAUUUUCUGAAAGGUGAGUAAUGAGACAAGGCUUCUAUUUUCUGUGUUUCCAAUCACAAGAUUUUUACUUGUUUGUAUGUUAUUCUGUUGUAAAGAACCUUAUAGCUGUAUAAAGUCAAGACCUUUUGUAAAUAGAAAAAAAUGAUAUAUUUUACUACAUACCGUGGAUUUCUGUCAACAUUUUUAAGCCUCCCUCAUGCAGAAGUACUCUGCUGUGAGUUGUUGAAAUGCCCACACCCUGUUUUCUUACCAAAAUACUUUAAAAGUUCAACUUCACCCUCUCCCUCACAAUAAACACAUCCAUCAUGCAUGUUCUUUCAUUGUUUUCUUGGGAAUAGAUGUUGGCUUUUAAGAGAUGGAAAGUUAAAUCCUUUUGUAUGAAACUGCUCAUAAAAUUCACCUUUGUAGAUAUUUCGAAUAAAAACUUUUUAAAAGCCCA